AUGAGUGACAUUGAAAGUUUACUAAAACAACAACAGGACGCCAUGUACUUUGUCCAUCGAUCGUUAGAGAAUUUCAAAAAGAUCGGUAAAUCCAAUUAUACGAUCGCGAGUGCGCGUAACCGUAUAGCCAAACUCGAAGAUGCGUUCAAGGAGAGUCAACGCCUACACCGUCAAAUCGUAGCGGUUGCAACCACGGAGCAUCAGAGGAAACUGGAAUACUUCUCGGAGAAACAGUUCCUGAAAGCCCAUGAAGCCUACUUAGCCACAUCUGAUUACAUGGCCGAGGUUCUCAACCAGCUGGAGGAGAUGCAAAAACCCAGCGUCCCGUCUGGAUCAACAUCGGACUCCGACCCGAAGACCUCGCCGCCGGUUGGAGUUUCAAAUUCGGAAGGUCUACCCAAGCUCCAUCUACCGACGGCCUCUGGUGACUUGGAGGAGUGGGAGAGCUUCCGAGACCGAUUCCACGCGAUGAUUGUCGGUAAUAAACACCUGCCCCAGGUAUCCAAAUUACAGUAUUUACUUUCGUGCGUAACAAGGGAGCCUCUUGAUAUGAUGCCUAACAUCGCCAUAACCGACGCGAACUUUCAAAUCGCGUGGGACCUAUUAACACGACGUUAUGAAAAUAAACGCAGAUUGAUUACUGCACACGUGCAAUCGUUGUUAAACCUACCGCGGGCCGUUACUGAAUCGCAAACCGCACUUUCUGAGGUUCGUGCUCGAGCGAAUAUGGGCAUACAAGCAUUAAGAAAUUUAGGGUGCGCCGUCGAUUCGUGGGACGCAAUACUCGUAUGCCUGAUUGUCAACUGUUUAGACAAGCACACGCGUCGCGCGUGGGAACUCCAAUUAGGAAAUUCGACCGAAUUCCAAAACGUUAACGAACUCGACAAUUUCCUCGAGACUCGUAUCCGAUCGCUGGAGUCAAUUGCUAUUUCGAAAACGGCGACAAUUACACAACAAUCCGGAUCAUCAAAUCAAAAGGCGACGCAUCCGCGAUCCGCAGCUCCGUCUCAUGCGACUACCUCCUACACUCCGCGAUGUCCAUUAUGUCAAGCGAGUCACGGUUUAAAUCAAUGUCCAGCAUUUCGUGCGAAACCUGUCGCCCAACGAUUUGAGUACGUAAAGCAGGGUAAACGUUGCAUCAACUGCUUUAGUAGUCAGCAUGGGCAACGCGACUGUAAAAGCCAUUUCUCGUGCCAAAAGUGCCACAAACGUCACCAUACUCUGCUCCACUUUACCAAUACAGCGUCGAGCUCCGCGAUCGAGGCAUCUCCCGCAAAAGAAGAUUCUCCGUCGAACCAAUCGAAUAUCGAUUCACAAACGUCCGUGGCUACGCUCUCCGUUAUGACAUCUACCGCAAUUAUUUCGCGCGUGCUUCUUGCCACCGCUUGGGUCGAAGUGCACACCACUGCCGGUCGCGUACAGCGUGUCCGUGCACUUCUUGAUCAAGGAUCCGUCGUUUCAUUAAUAACUGAGAAUCUUGCUCAGCGUUUGAAAGCACCUCGAGCUCAUGUUUCCAUCACAAUUACCGGCGUUGGCAAUAGUGACAUUUCCUGUAAAACGUCAACCACUCUUCAAAUCGUAUCUUGUAAAAGAUCGAGGCCAGCAUACUCCACGACUGCACUAAUCGUUACGAACCUCUCGAAUUAUUUACCGCCACGCGUAUCGGGCAAUUUUAACCUCCAACAUCUUCGGGGUCUGGAUCUCGCGGACGAUAAUCCGUUUAGUUCCGAUCCCAUUGAAAUGAUCGUGGGAGCCGACAUUUACGGGCUAAUACUUCAACAAGGACUAAAAAAGGGUGCAGCUAAUGAACCGGUCGCGCAGGAUACCACUCUCGGCUGGAUUCUGUCCGGACCUAUCCCUACGAAUUCCGAUUCACAAACCCUUCCAUUCCAAAUUGCAGCGCAGCAUUGCACGACAUUAGAAGACUUAGAUUCCGCGCUCCGUGGAUUUUGGGAAAUAGAAUAA